GCAUCUCAGAAACUGUGCCUUUUCAUGAAGCCAAUCCAUAUGGCAGGAAAAUUAAGAUGCAAAUCCUGCUCAAAAUUAACCAGGUUUGACAAAACAAUCACAAGUAUCAAGCUGAGAGAGCAUCUAGUAGAACACGUAGUACCACAACAUAUUUAUGGAGUACGUGAAAUGAGAGACGAUGGCUUUUCUAUCACCCGCUGAAGAGCAAAGAGGAGGAUCGAUGUAUUAAGCCAUAAAAAACGUAUCAAUGCUGCUGGCUGCAUAAUGUCAUCUGCUGAAGGUAAAAAAGGCUUUCUGCAUGGUGUGGUCGUACCAACAGCUCUAACACCAUCCUCUUUCUGGUGGCCAGUCGUGUUGUUAGUUUGCCUCCAACCAAGCAUCUGCCAGUCUAGAAAUGGCUCUGCCCAAGAGGGACGAUGUCUCUGCACAUCGGACAUCCUCAGCUGCACUGCCCUGGGUCUGGAGCAAAUCCCUAAAGAAAUGCCCGUCUCCGCUGUCACUUUGGAUCUCAGCCAUAAUCAGAUUGCACAAUUGAAGGAAGAUAGUUUUUUGGGACUUUCUCGGUUGGAAAUAUUACGGAUAUCACAUAAUCAGCUGACUUUUAUUGCGCCAAGAGCGUUUCAUAAUAGCUCUGGAACACUGCUCAGACAUUUGGAUCUUUCAGCUAAUCAUCUGUGCGAUUUAGAGCAACAUUAUUUUGCAGAUUUACCAGGACUGGAGGAACUACUGCUCUUCAACAACCGUAUCGUUCGAAUUGAAAGUUCAGCCUUUGCCAAACUAAGAAACCUUCGCAAGGCCUACCUCAGCCAUAACCGUCUCACUGAUUUCCCUUUCUUUUCGAUACAAAAGCACACACAUCCGCAGCUGCUUCUGCUUGAUCUGUCAUCAAAUCGACUACCUAAGCUACCCCUGGAGGACAUAUCAAACUUACCCACCACGAUCCAGAAGGGACUCUACCUUCAUAACAACUCCCUGGUGUGUGACUGUUCUAUGUACGGACUGUUCCAUAAAUGGGCAGAGCGAAACUUUACUUCGGUAACAGACUACAAAGAGGAGCACACGUGUCUCGUCUAUGGAAUGCAAAAAGGCACCGUACGUUUCUUUAAGCAUGACCGUUAUUUUGAAAAAUGCGACUUCACUGGGAUGAAGUUACCCCUCGCAGAGCAGGAGGGGAGCGUUUUGGCCAAAGCUGGGAGCGCUGUUCUGCUGCACUGUGUAACUAACUUAACAGGACAACACGUGACCUUCUUUUGGGUGUCGCCGAAUCAGGAGUAUGUGGCACCUCCGGGAAACAGUGACUCCUUAAAAAUGUACAGCAACGGCAGCUUAGAGAUCAGGGACGCCCGUGCAGCAGAUUCUGGCAUGUACUGGUGCAUGGCUGUGGACGACCGACAACAGCGCAACGAAACCCGAGAAGUGAAUCUGACUGUGGUAACGCAUCAGAGCCAAGAAUCCUACGAAUCCUUCAACACCGGCUUCACCACUCUGCUGGGCUGCGUGGUGAGCCUGGUCCUAGUCCUCAUGUACCUCUAUCUGACACCCUGCCGCUGCCCUCCCUGUCGAAAAGCCCCUCCUCCUCCUCCUCCUCCUGCUGCCACUACCCCAGGUCAGACUAAUGAGGCAGGAGCGGGGAGCGCCCAGUCCUCUAUUCUCACUCCCACUCCUCCAACGACAACUGAAGGCCCUGGUCGCAAGGUUAGUACCAACAAACAUGUGGUGUUUUUAGAGCCCAUACGAGAGCAGCAGAACGGGAGAAUAAGGGCGGGACAGGGCACUGGGACGGGACAAGGACAUUUGGGACCAGGUUUACUUUUAGGACCAGAGCAGCAAUCAAAACUCCCAAACCAAUCCCAGCAGAAAGCAGGGGAGACAGACUCUAUAAUGUCAGUUUUCUCAGACACACCCAUCAUGAUCCCGUAGCAAUGAGAGCAGUCGGAAUGGCACUAAUAUCACCUCUCGCUCACUCUUCCUCUGCCUGUCAGUUACCUCCUCAGCACCUCCCACAGCACUAUACCUGAGCACUAAAGUGAUCAAGCUUUGAUGCUAAGUGCCAGACUUCAAAAGAGAGAAGCGUAAGGAUAUAUUUCUGUUAGUCCAGGUCUGCAAACCGUACUCAACAGCCAAGAACCAACGCACUGUGAAAGGCUAUCUCCUGUUGAAAGAACAUCAUAGUGAAUAGAGAUUACACAGAACCCAAAGCAGUGGACACACAGAGAUCUGAGAGGCACUUCAAUAAUAAGAUUUAAGCGCAAAAUCAGGGCCAAAUCCCGAAAAUGAAGAGGCUACGACUACUUACACCCGUAUCACAGUGAGAGAAUGCCUUGUGAAAAGGGUGUAGUAAAUCUCAUUAAAAACAGACAUGGCUGGAAGUGCAUUUAAAGAAGAACGUGUAUGGACUAAAAACAGAGCACAGAGCAGUCCCUUUAAGCACGGCUUCUACCUUUAAGAUAAUAUUUACUUCAGAUGCCUUUUUGUCUCGUAUAGAGAUAGACUUGAUUUUUGUAAGCAUUUUAGCUUUUAUAUUUUUCAGAGUGGCAGUCGACAGGAGCCAAACAGCAUCGCAUAGUGUAGCUCAGUCUCAAAGUAAAAUGUUUUAGAGUAGACACAAGCAGAUGAGCUUUCAGUGAGUAAAUAUAGUAACUCUUUUAAGGUUUGACUUUAAAGCCCUCCUCCCUUCUCCCUCUCUCCUUGCAUCCCUGUCUUCAGUAGUCACAAUCUGGAAAACAAAAUGGAAUUGAAACGAAAACUGUUCCAACUGUUCAGAUGUGAU